AUGAAUGGAUGUUUUUCAAUCAAAAAUGUUAUUAUUUUAAAGUUUGUCUUAAGUUUGUUUCUAUCUUAGUUACUCACAUGUUCAGUGAAAUGAGAGCAUCACAGGCUGAUAUGAAGAACAAAGUCUUACAGCUGAAGAAUAAUGGUCCGUCUUGUGUCCUGUGCCCUGAUGAAUGGACGUUUUUCAAUCAAAAAUGUUAUUAUUUUUCAUCAAACAAUUUAAAUUGGAAAGCAGCUCAGAGCAAAUGUGUGUCUAUGAAAUCUAACCUUGUUGUCAUUAAAACAAAGAAAGAGCAGCAAUUUCUUACAAGAAAGAUAAACUCAAGAGCGCAUUGGAUUGGACUCACUGAUGAGACAGCUGAAGGUGUCUGGCGCUGGGUGGAUAACACAGAUUUAUCUUCUUCUGUGAUGUUCUGGAGUCCAGGAGAACCCAAUCAAAAAGGAGAAGAAGAUUGUGUCGAGUUGGACAGUAGAAAUGGCAAAUGGAAUGAUAACUCAUGCAAUAGCAUUUUUUAUUUUAUCUGUGCACACCAGGCAUCUCGCUGUUUUUAAAGAUUUACUCAUUGCCACAAAUUUCAUUUAUAGAGCAACCUUAACAUGGGGUAGAAUCAUUUUGUGCUUACCAUUGAAAAUAAAAUAAAAGCUGUUUUAUUAAUUUCUGAUCCUAACUG